ACCAAUCAAGGCUAUUUGAGAAAACGUUAAGCAGCUGCAGAGGCGGGUCUAUUUAUUUGUUCUUUAAAAGUCCAAUCAGCACCGAGAUUUUGCAGGAAGGGAAACGCCCAUUGGCUGAGAACGAAGUGAAAUUGAACUGGGAUUUUGGCGCGAGGGAGGGAGUCAUGGCGGCUCCUGUUCCUGCUGGGGGUCCUGUGCAGAGUCUUUGCGAUGAAGUCACUUGCUCCAUCUGCCUGGAAUAUUUCAAGGAUCCGGUGAUGAUCCCAGAGUGUCUGCACAACUUCUGCCGGUCCUGCUUGAUCCAGUGCUGGGGGGAAUCGGAGGCAGAGGCUUUCUGCCCUCACUGCAGAGAAACGGUUCAAGAAAGGAGCCUCAUCCCAAACUGGCCGUUGGAAAACUUUGUAGAAUUAAUUAAGAAGCUCAGUCUUCAAGAGGGGAAAGAGGAAGGACGGAAAGAAAAAGUUUGUGAGAAGCACCAGGAGCCCCUGAAACUCUUCUGCAAGGAGGAUGGAGCCCCCAUCUGUCUUGUGUGCGACAGAUCCAACGAGCACAAAUGCCACGAGGCGAUUCCCCUGAAAGAGGCUUCCAAGGAGUACAAGGGACUGAUGUGUAGACGCCUGGAGAUUCUGAGGAGAGAGAGAGAAAGAAUUCUGGCCUAUGAAGAAGACGUGAAAAAGGAAUGUGAGGACCUCCUUAAAUUAACAGAAGCUGAGAGGCAGAAGACAGUGGAGAAGUUCAGACAACUGCACCAGUUUAUCGAAGAACAAGAAAAAUGUCUGUUGAAAGAGAUAGAAAAGGUGGAGAAGGAGAUUGCAAGGAAAAGGGAUGAGCACCUGGCCAGGCUCUCCAGGGAACUCUCCUAUCUGAAAAGGAUCAUCCAGGAGAUGCAGGAGAAGCGUCAGCAGCCAGAGAGCGAAUUCCUGCAGGAUGUGAGAAGCACCUUGCAGAGGUAUGAGAAAAGAGAGAAAUUGGAUAAUCCACCAACUUUCCCUCCAGAAUUGAAGAGAAAGACCUCCAGAUUCUGUGAUAUAGACCCCCUUCUGAAUUCUGCUAUGAAGGAAUUCAAAGACUCCCUUUCAUUCAGAGAAGAGCUUCAGCAAGAUAAUUGGUCAUUCGGACAACAGCUUCAGAAAGCAAAUGUCACUCUGGAUCCAGACACAGCUUUUAUUAGGCACAUCCUGUCCGAGGAUCGGAAAAGUGUGAGACUGGGAGAAAAACCUCAUGACAGAUACAGCAACUUCUGUCCUCCUUUGUUAGGACGUGAGGGAUUCACAGCAGGCAGACAUUUCUGGGAAGUUGAUGUGGAAAAUGGGGAAGGAUGGGUUGUAGGGGUCUCUGUGAAGUCUGUGAGCAGGAGAGAAUGUUCUCCCUUAAGUCCCGUGGGAGGGAUCUGGGCUGUACAAAAGAAUAAUAAUCAUUACACGGCCUGCGCCUACCCUACUCCCCUUUGUCUGCCCAUGACUGGGAAGCUCAAGAGGAUCCGGGUGACUCUGGACUAUGAAGGGGGACGUGUGUCUUUUUCGGAUGCUUACUCAGGAGCCAAACUCUACACGUUCUCAGGAGCCUGGUUCUCUGAAGAGACCCUCUUCCCUUUCUUUAAGCUGGAUACAGUUUGUACCCACCUCAAGAUCUGUUGAGGAGACUAAAUCUGCCUCACCAGAAUGACACACACACACACACACACACACACACACACACACACACACACACACGUAAUUGAAUUUAUAUACCGCCCUAUACUUGGGGGUCUCAGGGUGGUUCACAUAUAUAUGCGCCUCUCGAGCACUUUUGGCAGCUUUUCAGGGGUCCUUUGGGAGGAUUCAUUCCAGUCACAAUCAGCAUAAAUAAUAAAACAAACAAAAAUAAGACUUUGUAUUGUUUUUCUUCCCUUUCCCAGAAUUCCCCCUGCAGCUUAUUUCUUAAAGAGACAGUAACACUUUUUAACUUACUCAAUAAAUAACAUAUUCCUCAAAAGGGUUCUGCUGCCAUCACCUUCAAUCCUAGUUUCAUUCUUCCACCUUCCCAUACCCUUAAAAAAAAUUCUGCCUAAAAUCCAUGCCA